CUUGGAGCCCAACGCUUUCAAUGGGCAGGACAUUUAUAGGUGCAAAGAGACAUUUUUCUGGAACAAUGUCGCACAAGACCACUGUCUGCUUAAGAUAUCUCAUACAAGUAUAUCAUAACAUCAUAAUCUAUCUCAGUAGGUUUUAUAUUUCGUUGAAUAAUGAAUUAACCGCUAAUGAUAUAUCCGUUCUGGUAUUAUUUGCUAUCUAAGCCGACUUUCCUACUCAUGUUUGAUAUAGUUUAAUUCCUUGCCUGUAUUUUUCCGGUAUCCAUCUGGUUGCCACACGACAUACAUAAGUUAUUUGACAUACAAAUCAGACAAUCACUUGGAAUGUAUAUAUUAUUAAUUAUAAUAAAACUAGUUAUAAAUGUCAAGACCACUACAUAUAAUUCUACUAGAUAUUAAUACCAACAUAUAUAAAUAUUGGAAUAUUAGUCAUAAGCAAUUAACUAAUAUAAUAUCUAAAUAUGGGUUAACUAAUCAUUAUCCUUAUCAAUUAACUAUGGAAUGUAGUACAAUUGCUAAACUCAUUUCGACUGCAAAUCAUCCUAAUUAUGAUGAAUCAGGAAAUACUGCAGUAGUUUCACCAACAAAUUCAUUAUCAUAUAUGGGUGGAGGAUAUGAUAAAUUCCUUCUUCAAGCUCUAAUGUUACCAACAUCAACUAAUGGUCUUGAUUAUAAACCAUUAGAAUCUAAAAUUCAAGAACAUAGUCUUAAUAAAUUCUCAGGAUAUUUAUCAGUAGGAACCAUUCAUAAUAUUAAUCUACUGGAUACAUUAGAUGUCAAUAAAUUUAAGAAUAAACUUGCCUAUCAAAAUUGGAAAGUUACGAAUUUGAUUCAAAUUCCAUCGAUGAUGGUUCCAGAAUCUCUAAAUCAUUCAAGUCAACACAUUCAAAAAUUAAUAGGUGUAUUUGAUUGUGUAUGGAAUCUUCUUAUUCUCCUUCAUGAAUCUCAUAAUUCACAUAUUGCUAAUGUAAUAAUUCCUGGAAUCGGCUCUGGUUAUGGAGAAUUAUCCGAACAAGAAAUUGGGAAAAUCAUGAUAUUUGCAAUUCUUCUAUAUAACUUGAAUUUAGGUCAUGGUGAUAGAUUACUUCAUCUCAAAAAAUCAUGCAUGAUCCUAUUCUUUUUCCGGAAAAAUUAUCGAAAAUUAUCUAAUGUAUAUGAUUUAGAAGAAUUAGAAAGAGAUGUAAUUACAGAGUAUGGAAAGAAAAUAAUGAUUGAGAAUAGUGAACAUGACAAUAAUGAGCAUAAUGAUAAAGAUGAUUUUAAUGAACAUUUUACAAUGGAAUUUGAGGAAUUAUUUCAAUGUAUAAAUUUACAAUAGAUUAUAU